UGUACCAUGUGCGUUCACAAUCUAACCUCAAAAUUUUAACUACUUUUGUUUAGAGUGCUUGUAAUACGUUCAUGUUUCAAACACUAUAAAUCUCUAUAUAAGUAAUUGUUAAUCGUGAAUUAAUAUGCCUAUCGAUAACAGAAGAAUAAAUGGACCUGAAAAUACGGUGCCCUAUACUCUCUUUACGAAAUUAAACACAAAAUCCUUUAAAGAACAAGUGCAAGACGCUAUACCGGUCAACGGCAAGAGAUCCGAUGGAAGAAAACACCUGGAGCAUCGCAAAAUAUUUUUAAAAACUGGUGUUGUGAGUCAAGCUAAAGGCAGUGCAUACAUUGAAGUAGGAAAGACCAAGGUAAUUGUCUCCUGCUAUGACCCAAGGGAGAUUCCUAACAAGGCAGAUUACUGCCAAAAGGGAGAGCUCUACUGUGAGUUUAAAUUCGCCACAUUCAGCUGUGUACAACGGCGCAUGUUUCAACAAGAUGCUGAGGAGAAACAAAACAGCAUUAUCUUGAAACAAGCUUUAGAACCAGCUGUUUGUUUGCAUGAAUUUCCCAAUUUUCAAGUGGACAUCUAUGCAUUGGUGCUGGAAAAUGAUGGCUCAGCACUUAGUGCAUCGAUUACAGCAGCUGGUGUAGCUCUGGCACAAGCAAGUAUUCCAAUGUAUGAUUUAGUAACUGGUCUUUCAAUUGGCAUCAUUGAGAACACAUUUAUUGUUGAUCCAUCCAUCAAGGAGGAACAACUGUGUGACAUUACUGAUACCAAUGAAGGGGAACAGACUGCUAGUGAACAUGGGUUAAUUAUAAUGUCAAUGUUAAAUACUCAUGAGCAAAUCUCUCAGUUUUAUCAAACUGGUAAUAUAGCACUUGAGAAUAUUUCCAAAAGUAUUGAUAUUUUAACUCAAGUCAACAAAGAAAUUGUCCCACUUGUGCAGAAAUGUUUGACCAACUAUGUUCUUAAAAGUGUUCAGGAAAAGGAAGACAAUCAGGCAGAGGAUUAAUAAAUAGAGAGUAUUACAUAAAUAAUAA